AUGUCUGACGAGAUCGCUCAAGAGGACGAAGAAGCAGAAGACUACGAUCUCGAAUCUAUUCAACUUCGUUCUCAACAACGCGAUGAUGAUGAUGACGCCGCCACCCUUGUUGGGGGGAGACCCGGUGGGCCAGAUACAAUCUCUGAAGAUCACGUCGUUUUUGAGAUUGGCGACGAGGAUGACGAGGAUGACGAUGCGUCAAAAAAGCGCAGGGCAAAUCGUUUGUCGGGUGAAGAUCACGGGGGGGAAGAUGAGCGUCAGGGCUUGAUCAGAUAG